AUGGUUUCGGCUUGGAGUCUCUUGGCCCUGGCCUCUCUGGCCCUGGCCUCUCCCGUCAAGACGAUCGACGACUACGCUCGCAGCCUUGUCUCCAGGGACGAUGUCGUCACUCAGAGCACGCUCGACAGGCUCGAGUACUAUGUCCAGUACGCUGCGGCAGCCUACUGCACCGUCGACGUCCCCGUCAACAGCACCAUCAAGUGCGGCGGACAGUGCGACGAGCUCGAGGGUCGCGACAUCAGGGUCCUAGGCACAUUCUUCGGUGACCUGACUGAGAUCUCGGCCUUCGUCGCCAUCGACGACGCCAACAAGGAGAUUGUCUUCUCCGUGCGCGGCAGCAAGACCGUCGCCAACUGGAUCGCCGACCUUUCCUUCAUCCUGGUCGACACGGACCUGGUGGACGACGGCAAGGUGCACCAGGGCUUCGCGACGGCGUGGAACGAGCUGGAGCGCGACGUGGCCUCGACCCUCAAGUCGGCCCUGGCCUCCAACCCCACAUACACGGUCGUCUCGACCGGCCACUCACUAGGCGCGGCCGUGGCCACCAUCGGCGGCGCCGUCCUGCGCGCCAAGUACGGCAUCCCCCUGGACCUGUACGUCUACGGGUCGCCGCGCGUGGGCAACGCCGUGCUGGCCGACUUCAUCACCAACCAGGACGGCGCCGAGUACCGCGUCACCCACACCGACGACCCCGUGCCCCGCCUGCCCCCGAUCUUCUUCGGAUACCGUCACAUCUCCCCCGAGUACUGGCUCACCAGCCCGGCCGAGGAUGGCGACGACUACCCCCUCAGCGACGUGGUCGUGUGCACGGGCAACGCCAACAUCGACUGCAACGGCGGCGAGAUCGGCGUCGACACCAACGCCCACCUCUACUACUUCGGCCCCAUCUCUACCACCCUCUGCUUCUCCGUCAACGUCACCCUCGACGACCUGUCCGUCUCGCUGUACACCGUCACCACCGCCGAUGGCGAGAAUGCAGGCGUUCAGAUCGCCCAGUACGCCGCCAAGGAUAAGGAGUUUGUCGAGCUCGAAUCCUAG